AUGUUUGCCCGACCGUCCGGCAUUGUCCGCUAUCUGGGCCUUGCCUUGAUUAUACUCUGUGCGCUCUAUGCGUUCAAGAAUAACGCCUACGAAGCCACAGUCUCCAACCUCCAUCGCCCCGGUGGCUUUGGUGGCCUGAGUUCAGCAGCUGACCGUUUGCACAAAGGAAAGAACAAAGCUCAUCCGAUUGACAGUCUGAUUUUCGACGCCCAACACAAGUUUGCCGAACUCCUCUCCAAGGAAUCGAAAACCGUCGAGGAUGCCGCACAAGCAUACCGCAAACGCAGAGGCCGCCACCCGCCUCCCGGCUUCGCUGAAUGGUUCGAGUUUGCCCAGUCCAAGGGCGCCAUUGUCGUUGAAGAUUUCUUCGACCAGAUUCACCACGACAUUGAGCCGUUUUGGGGUGUCGAGCCGGCCCUCAUGCGUCGCGAGUCGCAACACUUUGACAUGACCAUCAACGUGCGCAACGGAAAUGCCACCGCGGGAUCCGACUGGUUCUGGACUGCAAUCUGGCUCCGUAUGAUCAAGAAUGUUGAGCAUCUGCUGCCCGACAUGGACAUUCCCCUCAACGCCAUGGACGAGCCCCGCAUCAUCGCACCCUACGAGGAUAUUCAGCACUACAUGACAAAGGCUGCCAAGACGAUGGGCCUCGCGAAACCCGACAAAAUGAUUAGCGAGUUCCAGUCUCUGCCGACCGGCGGCAAUGCAGACGAUGGCGAGAUGCGCAACAAGGAGUGGGAGGGCGCAGAGACGAACCCUUUCUGGAACUUGGUCCGCCGUGGCUGUCCGCCCAAGAGCCUGGCCCGAACGACGCCUGUGCAGACCGAUUUCGCCGGCACGCCCGCCUUCAACACGUCGUAUGGCAAGCCGCACUCGUACCAGGGCUUCGUCUCCAACAGCACGCUCUCGCGCGACGUCUGUCACCAGCCGGACCUGCAGGGCCUCGCGGGCGUCUUCAUCGAGCCGCUGUCCACCAGCACCACCAAGGUUCUCUUCCCGCUGUUUGGCGGCUCCAAGCUCGCUGUGAACAACGAGAUCCUGAUCCCGGCCGCCAUGUACUACGAGGGCGAGAAGCGCUUCACCGGCGGCGACGAACACGGCGUCGAGUGGUCGGAGAAGUCGCACAACGUCAUCUGGCGCGGCGUGGGCACCGGCGGCCGCAACCGCGACAACACCUGGAAGGGCUUCCAGCGCCACCGGUUCGUUGCUAUGAACAACGCAACCACGGUGAAACGCGCCGAGUCGGGCGGCGCCCAGGACCAGCCCGAGAACUUCGUCCUGCCGGACGCGUCGUACAAUGUCGCCGCGCAAAAGGACGGCAGGCUCGGCGAGUGGCUCGGCAACCUGACCGACGUCGGCCUGACGGACCUCAGCUGCACGCCGGCGCAGGGCGACCUGCGCUGCGCAUACAUGGACCACGCGUACGACACUGUCAAGGGCGUCGACCUGACGGAGCAAUUCAACAGCAAGAUCCUGCCCGACAUUGACGGCAACUCGUUCUCAGGCCGCUAUAUUGGCUUCCUCCGCUCGACGUCGCUGCCCAUCAAGUCGACCGUCUGGCGCGAGUGGCACGACAGCCGUCUCGUAGCCUGGAAGCACUUUGUCCCCAUGGACAACCGCUUCACCGACUACUACGGCAUCCUCGACUACUUUCUCGGCUACGAGGGCCGCGGCGCCCACGAUGAUGCCGCGGAGAAGAUUGCCACCGAGGGCAAGGAGUGGGCCGAGCGCGUCCUGCGCAAGGAGGACAUGGAGAUUUACGUCUUGCGCCUACUGCUCGAGUACGGACGCCUCCUCGACGACCGUAGGGAAUCCAUGGGCUGGGUCGGCGACGUCCUGGCCAAGCCGUCGUUGAUGCGCAAAUGGAGGCAAUGGUGA